UGUUCGCUCUAAGAUGCUCGCUUUAUCUUCAGGCAAUAACAGUUCCGAAGUCACGUGCUGCCGCCGGAGGAGGCCUUGCAAUCGACUCUGAGCACUGCCAGUGUGUAUUGUAAUUUCAGACUUGCAGAAGGAAUGUCCAAGUCAGAGAGGGAGGACGUCAUCUCACAUUUGGCAGACAGAAUAUUCUCUGCUAUGUUGGACGAGCUAACAAUGGAUGCCGCCCUCCGGGGCCAUCGCGAAAUAGCUCGAAAUAGGUCUGUUUGUCGAAUAUGUCAUACCCACUGUGGCAUGGCCCACGCCAGUAAUGGCCACCAACAACCUCAAAAGGCCCAGAACGACGAGCGGUCACUGCUGGAAGGGAAGACCGCAUCGAGCACCGGUACCAAUACGCCCACCAGUACGAAAGAUGGGAAUGUACUGUUCGAAUGCACUGUGUGCAAACGUCAAGUUGCUUCGAAUCGGUACGCACCUCAUCUCAGUGGUUGCAUGGGCAUAGGAACUGGGUCCAGACGCACGGCGGCACGCGGGAAUCUCAAGACAAAAUUACCUAUCGAGACCAUCCGUGCGGACUCACCCCUGCAAGGUUCAGAAAAUGGUAACGCCUCUGACGACAAUUCGGGCGGGAAAGUGAAAGGGAAGUCAAAAGGUAAAAACACCGAUGACGAUGAAUUCAAUCUCAAGCGCAAACAGCCGCUUUCGCCACAAACCUCCCCCGCAAAGAAACAGAAGAAACAGAAGACAACAGGUUCAGUGGCAUCGCGUCUCAAGGAGGGUACAGCUACGGGAAGUCAGUCGAAAAUUCCUUCCAAGUUGCGAUCCUCGUCUACAGCCUCAUUUUUGGACCGAGAUCGAUCAGCAACGCCCGCUUCCCAGUCUUCUUCGAGCACGCCCAUCGCGACCUCUGUCUCCUCGGUAAUAUCGGGUCAAAGUCCUGCCGGGACGGGGCCACCAAAGCGUGGUCGCCCGAAGGGCAGUAAGACCGGGAUGGGUCGUGGAGCGGCUGCUUUGGCUGCGCAGGUAAAACGACCGAGUCCUCCGCGACCACCACCGCCUCCGCAGCCCGAUUACCUCAUAGACGUUGAAGGAGACGAAACUGGUUCAUCGACAGACACGGACUGAGGAUUUAUUUUACUUCCACUUUUGAUCCGCCGACGGCCCGUCGCGUGGUCGAUACGUAUGCGUAUUGUUUUAGGCGACUGUACAAUACCCUUGUUGAAACGUUGAGCUGUGAUUCGGGUUAUAUAGAGUACAUAGAAACUUUUGUAAGCAAUUCCACAAGCGAAGAGUCUAGAUGGGUG